GUAGAUGGCAGUUGAAAACAAACUGCUCGUGCGCAGUAGCCCUGGCAACAGUCGAAGGCCAUUAAAUGACAAAAUUUAAAGGGUGAGGCGUGAUUUCCCAUUGCGAAAGCUUGGAAUUCUCCUAACCGAUCCAACGGUCAGUGGUGCAACGCGCAGCAGAAUCCCGAUGCAGCCGCAACGUCAACCCGAGCUUACAUAUUAUGACUUUGACGUGAAUUUCGACUACCAGCAGCAGUUACACGAAGCGAUGAAAUGCCGUGCGGCCGUCGCGUAUAACCGCGCCGCCACCGAGGAGUACUUCAAAAGCAAGCUUGACAACCCAGAGUUUAUGAAUCUCUUUAAAAGGCAUCCACUCACCGGCGAGGGGGAUCCGGGGGCGGACGGGGAGACGGCGGAUUCGCAAACCACAAUCACCUUGGCAUUACCCGACGUGGAAGCUCGCCCGGCUCCGCAGGUUCUUCAAGUUUUCCUUCCAACAGCCCCACAGAUUUCGCUCUCUUUGACGAACAUCUCCUGCCCACCGAUACUACCUCCUCUACAAUGUCACAUUUCUCACAUUCCCCCAUUUCCUCUACCCCAAACUCCGCCGUUACAGCUGGAGCUCCAACUGCAGGUGCAACUGCCGCACGUCAACCGGAAGUGCCUGCAUUUUCCUACCAAGGAAUAUCUCCAGUUGCAUGCGACGUUCGCGCGCAACCUAAAACAGCGGAUCCUGAACGAGAUUCAGGAGCGCACGGCGCGUUGUCAGCUAAAGCGGCAGGUCGCCAUCCAAGACUCGCUGAGCGACGUUCUCGAUCGGGAUCCACUUCGAGUUCUCGCACACGUCGGCUACCAGGCCGUCUUGCGCCACGACGAAUUUAACGUGCCGAAGACGGCGCGCCAUGUUGAUGCUGAGACGCUGCGACGCAACGAGCGUAAGCUGCAUGAUAUGGCCGAGGAGUUUUGUCUGUCCGAUUACGCCGCGGAGGUGAUGCACGCAUGUGAUAGUAACACGAAGGUGAGGAAACGUUUAGGUGAGAGGUUUGAGCCUUAAAAUCAAAAUCAUUACAUAUCUGUUUCUGUUGACUUAACGGACGCAUAUUUUAUUACUUUUAUUCGUUUAUCAAAUAUUCUAAUGAUUCUUAUGCAUCAAGUGCAAUUUUUGUUCGUUAUUUUAUUUAUUUUGUAAUUUUUAUACAUCAAAUGGAAGUAUUUAUUAAGAAAUUUAUAAACUUUUGAAAUAUG